CCGCCCCCAGGAGGGGCCCCGCCCCCAGGAGGGGCCCCGCCCGUCUCCUAGCAACCGCCAAACACAGUUGUGCUGCGGGUGCUGCGGGGCAUCUCGGAGCUGCUGGACGGACCAAGCCCUCGGAGCCUCCUCCCCGAGGCGGCUGAGCCCCUCUCGCAGGAGCCUCUCGCGUGGGGCGCCGGCAGCAUGUCUCUGGACGCCUGGGAAUGGGAGGAUGAGGACAGGGCCAGCGUGGGGCCCGUGUCCUCCGGGGGCAGCUUUCAUCCGUCCGGGAGUGAGUGUGAAGUGGACGAGGACCUGCAGGUCGGAGCCUGGGCCCAGGAAUCAGAAUCUGACCACCAGUGCAGCAGCAGGUCCUCGGCUGGGUCAGUCAGUGCCGUCAACUCCGACGUGCCCCACGUGGUCCCCUGCACGUUCAUCAUCUCUCUGGCCUUCCCAAUGACUGUUGGUCGCAAAGGAAAAUAUUCGAAGCUGGUUGAGAAACACAGGAAACAGCCUAAAAUGGACAGACCUGCGGCCAGGGUUCGCUCUUACUGCCACCUGGAGUACUUCCUGCUGCCGGACGACCGAGAGCCCAAGCGAGCGGAUGUUGUGGUGUUUUCAGGCUUGGCCAAGGUGUUCCUGGAUUCGAGGAUAAAGACCGUGAGGCCAUGGCCAGAAGGGGACAAGGUCUGGGUGUCCUGGACCCAGACUUUUAACAUCAAGGUGACAAAGGAAUUGCUAAAGAAAAUAAAUUUUCACAAAAUAACCUUGAGGCUCUGGGACACGAAAGAAAAGAUUCCGAAGAGAGUCAAGUAUUACCGACUGAAGGCGGCCGCGGCCUUGGAAGACGUGGGCUCUUCUGAGGAGGUGAAGCACCUGGUUUUAAGUCAGAGAAGACAGUCUGAACAGGGCAUUCAUGUCAAAGAGGAGUCGCACCAGGAGCACUUGCCGGGGAAACCAGAAAAAGCAGGAAAAGGCUUAAAGUCUGUGCCCGAAUCGGAGACCCUUUCCCAGAGCACCGAGGACUGUGAGAAGCUCCUCAGAAGGGAGGAUCUGGCCACAGCACGAUGUAAUAUUUCAAGACCAGCCAUUUUUUUCGGAGGGGCCAGCUCGGUCGAGAUGAAGGAGUUAACUGAAAGAUUGUCGUUUAACAGCUUGUCGAACUUGUUGGAAAAGCAAAAAUUUCAAAUGAGACAGAAGGAACUGGACUGGAGAAAGAAGAGCCAGAAGAGGAGGAAGAAAUCUCGAGCAGAGGAGGAAAGUGACUCCAGGCUGGCAGGCCAGGGGAAGCAGGGCACCUUCUCCGUCCAGCUGGCGAUAAUGCCGCUCCUCGCAGGAUGGCAAACCGUCGUGACUCGUGGCCGUGGAAGGUCUGCCAACAUCUUAGAUUGUUUUUUGACUUUGGAAACGGAAGUUCCUAUCAUGACUGAAGAGCAGAAGCGGGACUUAAACCCCCUGGCCAUCAGGAUCAAGUGUGUCUCCUGCCUCCCGACACAGCCCGUGUGCACCUCUGAGCUAGAGGGCCCCCGGGGCGGAGCCGGGCAGGCACAAGGCGCUCUACGACUCGCGGCUGCGCUUCCGCCGCCGCCUCUACGCCGACCUGGAGGCGGUCCUGCACCGCGUGCGCCUGUUCCGGCCGCUGGCGCAGCUGGUGAAGCACGCGGGGCUCUACGUGCGCGGCGCGGCGCCGCCGCUGGCCUUCCAGGCCCUGAGCAGGAUCCACUGCAUCUGCUGUUACAGCACCAGGCUCCGGGAGGUCAUCACCAGGGACCUGCUGCCCUCCUCUGCCAUGAUCAAGGAGCUGAGCCAGGAGUUUGGGUUGCCCAUUUCCCAGGAAGAGCUCACAGAGGGAAAGCUGGUGGCCCCUCCUCCUGCCCCCAACCUAGAGGACUUCCAGCACCGCAGUCCGACCCUCACAGAUGAGAUCCAGGCCCACCAGGAGAAGUACCUGCGGUGGCGGAGCACCAUGCUGCUGAAGCAUGAAGACGUGCAGCACAGCCUGGUCCAG